AUGAAGAAGCUUUGGCACCCAACCAUAAAUAUAAUUACAAUGAUAUAUGAUGAUCUGGAUGAGAUUCUAGCAGAGUCACAGAAAUUCACAGGUACGUUCCAGAUAGAGGUGGAGAAUGUUGGAUUUUUAAUGAAUUCUCACGAAUCUUCGAAAAUCACUCCAAGUGAAAAGCUUGAGUUACCGUUUUAUUUGGUCAAUGCAUUAUCCCACAUCUUCAUUUCCGAGGAAGAGGGUGACAAUAGCAGAAGCUUAUUUACUGUUGAGAGGCCGGAGUAUUUGAGUAAGCUAGCAACCAAUUUCUACAAAGCGUCACCACUAAAUGCCGACCUCUCGAUUAUAGAACAUUUCUACAAAAUCGUAGAGAAAUGGUGUGAGUUCAUCGAGCAGCCAGAAUUAGUAGAAAUAGUCUAUGAAAUGUUAAUCACCAGGGCCGGACGAAUCAAUGAUUUGUCAUUCAAUGCAUCAGAAAUGCAUUCACGAGAAAACUUGGAGUUUAUACAAACAUUGGAUUCGUUUGAGAAGAAGCUCUUCAAGAUAUCUACACAUUCCUAUGAGGAAGGCAAGAAAUGGAUGAAGCAGGUCAACAACUAA